AUCUAUCAUGGGGCGAGUUUUCCUUGAGCAUAUAGGAGGCACAAGAUUGUUCUCCUGUGCAAACUGUGAUACUGUACUGACCAACAGGGCAGAACUAAUGUCCACACGCUUUACAGGGUCAACGGGUCGUGCAUACCUCUUCAAACGAGUGGUCAACCUCUCAUUUAGUGAGGUCCAAGAUAGGAUCAUGUUAACUGGACGUCACAUGGUACGAGAUGUCUUCUGCAAGAACUGUGACUCAAAACUUGGUUGGAUCUAUGAAUUUGCCACAGAGGAAUCUCAGAGGUACAAGGAAGGCAAAGUGAUUUUAGAACGAGCUCUCAUCACAGAAAGCGAAGGCAUGGAGGAACAUGUAGUAGUUGGUGACAUAUGAUGCUGAUGGACAUUCUUCAAACUCAUUUUAUCUUUGUAAAGUUUUAGAUAGAACAAUAAUUCUUGUUAUAUUUAUAUAUCUUGUAUAUAGCAAACAUAUUUUGUAGCUAGCACCUUUGCAGUUUGGUGGAAAGUUGAAUUCAUUAGAAUAUUUGCACAUGGCUUGUAGUUUUAAGAUGGUUUGAGAAUAUAUGGGAUGGAGCAAUCAAGAUGUCAAAAACACAACUGUUCAAGAGGUUUUUAAAAGCUUGGUUUCAGUAUAGGGUUCUGGUAUGCAAUUCCAAGUGAUGUAGGUCUUCAUCAGAACAGGACUAUACCUAUGCAGUGUUUUAUGUCUUCUAGUUAUUUGUCUGAAAGAGGCUGCUGCAGAGAUGAAGAACAUUCUGACUCUUUGUUCAGACUAAUACGUGAGUGAAGAGGAAGUUCUUCCCAAGCUUAUUCAUUUUAUGAUCAAGCAUGCCAGUCCCCACCACUGAGCGGUAGGGAGAAUAUGCAAAUUAUAUAUGGGGAAUAACACUGCACUACAUGAUAAUGGCUGCCAGGAUGUUAUCCCUGCACCGCUUUUCACAUUUUCACACAUCAAUGAAAACAGAGCUGUGCCAAUCAAUUUUCACUCAGGGUCAAUCUCUUCUCUUUUCCAAAUAUUGGAUCAUAAACCCCUUUAUAAAGAGGGGACUGCAUCAUCAAAAACUACAAGAAUGGGGAGGGGGAUUCUCCUGCAUGUAUGCAUGGGGAAUUCCCUUCUCCAGAAAAUAUUCUGAACACAGGGUUAGAACUGCUGAAAUAAAUGAAAGGUGCUGAAAGGGAAAAAUUACCGCACAAAAGCUCCACUGAUCUGAUUUCUAAGCAGAAAUAUAGCAACGCCAUUUUAUUGUGGUUUACCUCAAGUGUCAGUGUGAACUGAUUAUCUGUAAUUGUUGUGAAUAAAAUGUAUUAGAAACAAGUAUAUUGUCCUCUCAGAUUUGUGGUACAUUAUCACCUUCAAUGUUUAACCCCCCAGAGAUUAUCUUCGUUGUGCGAACUAAAAUUUCUCAGGAGUCCAAAGCCUCAAUUUUUUGAUGAAUAAUCAAUCGUCAAUUUUACUUGGUUCUAAAGUCAGAGGUGAUCAACAUGGUGUUGAAUCAUUUCAUGUUCAAAUUUUCUGGAAAUAGCCUACAAUCAAUAUUACUAUGCUUUGUACUUGAAGGGGGUGCAAUAGCUAAUUAGCCAUACAUGUAUGUCAUUUUAAAAUCUUGCAGUCAUCUGUGAGUUUGAUCUUGGUAGAGAUUUUUUUUCCAGAAAAUUGUAUUUUUACCUGGAAUAAUGAAAAAUGCUGCAGAUUUCAUUGGGGAAAUUUCUGAAUCAUUACACACAUGUACAUGUACGACUAUUGGAGAGUAUGACAAGGUAAAAUGAUGUGCCCCCACAAAAGAUAAUGCCUGCCUCCCCUAGUAAAACAGAGAACUCUUUUCAAUCCUUGAAGUCAUUCAAUGUUGCUACAAUAUGCCCAAUAUGUCGAUAUGCCCACUUCGAUGAAGUACAUGCACAUGAUUGUACGUGUACUUCACCUGGAGCCAUUUCUUUAUUCAGUAGCCAUAGCAUUAUCAAAGUAAACUUAAACUUGUCUUACCAGUAAUCACUGUUAUAUUACAAUUUAGUCUGCAUAAGUCAACUUUCCAUCAGUCAAAUUAUAGUCAAAUAAUGUCCAAAGUCAAAGCAAUUAUUUUGACCAGAGUAAGAAUAUUAUGCAAAAUGUGGUAUUUUAUUUACAUUUCUCUCUCCUUGUACGUCUUACAUGCAUUUCUGUGAUCCCAAGAAAUUUGCCUCACAUAUUGGAAUAUUUGCCUUUGCUGCAAAUGUACACUAUAUUUUCAACCAUGUUACAACUUGACAAGAUGGGCCCAAUAGCACAAAGAUUAGCGAUUAAUUGCUAUAAUAAUUCUGAUUGGUUCCUAGUCUACUAUACACAUACAAUAAUGAUAGGCCAUUACAUGUAGCAAUAAAUCACUAACCUUUGUGUUAUUAGACCCAGAUAAGCUUUUCAAAUUCACAAACUCUCUCAUAUAUCACAAGUCACCUCUCUUGUGUAAAAUGCACUGUUAUGUAUUGAGAGAAAGUACAGGUGUGCUGGCAUACCUUGAUAUAUACAUGUACACCAUGGUAAUUUGUUUCCUUUGAUUUAUUUAUCACAGUUACUCAUUGUGGAAUUAGGUACACAUGUUAAUCCAUGGAAUGAUGAAGAUUCAUAGAGUAAGAAACUACAUUUUGUGCAAUUCCCUUUUGAAGCUUACUAGUAUAUUUAUGUGAAAUUACGGUUAAUGUGUGAUUUGUUUUGAAUAAAUUCAAUUCAUUAAUUUGGUGUUGGAUACUGCAUGAUAUAUAC